AUAUACUGCUUACUAUGUAGUCAUGCGUUACGUCUGUUGUAUUUUAAAUCAAAUCUGGAAUUAUGCGUCAUAUAAGCAGGUCGACAAUUUUCCUUUGUGUAUUUAAUGGUGACCUACAAGUUUCUUCUUAAAUUACGUAAUUUCUUUAAUGCUCAGGGUUUUCUCAUAGUUUGGGGAAAUACCAUUUCUCAUGUUAUCUUCUCGGCCAGAAUGAUUUAUCGUUACGUCACUGCUUGUAGUAACUACUCUGACAGUUGGACUAAUUUAAGCACUUCGCCCAGUACUUUAUUAGUGUCAACAACUAAUUAUAAAGGUGCGCGAAAGAGAGAAACAUAUACGAUGGCCAUUAUCCCAUCGUGCUUCCAACUCACUGAAGAAUUCGGUAUUAAAUGGAUUCACCCAGACUAUUACAGUUGUUUGGAAUAUAUAGGAGGAGGCAGUUACAGUAACGUGUCAGUUGCUCAUAACAAACUUACUGACUCGAAGGUGGCCAUUAAGCAACUGUAUCGGCCUUUCUCUUCGUUAACUGCAACAAAACGUACAUACCGCGAAGUAUGUUUGCUAAAGCACAUGAAACACAAAAAUGUGAUCGAUCUGGUCGAUAUAUUUACAACAGCAAUAUGUAAAAAUGAUUUGGAUAAUCUCUACCUUGUUUCCACAUUCUAUCCGAAAGAUCUGAAAACGAUGUUGAAAAGCGAGGAGAUGGGGUUAGCCCUUAUCAAGUCCCUGGUCUACCAAAUAUUCUGCGGACUUUAUUAUAUUCAUUCAGCUGGGGUCAUCCACCGUGACUUAAAACCCAGCAACAUCGGUGUUACUGCUGAUAAUUGCAUCAAAAUUAUGGAUUUUGGC